UGCUACGGGAUGACUUCCGCCAAAACCCUACAGAUGUUGUGGUGGCAGCUGGAGAGCCUGCCAUAUUGGAGUGCCAGCCACCUCGUGGACACCCUGAACCUACCAUCUACUGGAAAAAAGAUAAAGUCCGUAUUGAUGACAAGGAAGAGCGGAUUAGUAUACGUGGUGGGAAGCUGAUGAUCUCCAAUACAAGAAAAAGUGAUGCCGGCAUGUACACUUGUGUUGGAACAAACAUGGUGGGGGAGCGAGACAGCGAUCCUGCGGAGCUGACUGUCUUUGAACGGCCCACGUUUCUGAGGCGACCGAUUAACCAAGUGGUGCUGGAGGAGGAAGCUGUGGAUUUCCGGUGCCAGGUGCAGGGGGAUCCCACACCCACAGUCCGGUGGAAGAAAGAUGAUGCAGACUUACCGAGAGGAAGGUGA